AUGAAGCUUGGCCCGGAACUGAAAAUCAUCCUCGAUCGGAAUCUCAUGUCGUGGCUGAGCAACUCCGAUCCAUCUCCGGGUGCGUGGAUCCGGCGUGGCGGGCCAUGGAACGGCUACGCCUUCACCGGUGUCUUCUCUAGAAGAUUAUUCUCCAUCGACCUCUACCGAGACUUCAGCCAAGGCUUCCACUCCACUUCGGAGGAGAUUUUUUACUACUACAACACGAUCGGUGGCACCAUUUCUACAUUGACCAUGGAUCAAAAAUGGGUAGUCAAUAUAUACCUAUGGAAAGCAUCGUCUCAGAAGUGGAAUCUUUUGUGGUUCGCACCUAGCGACCCUUGCGACUUCUUUCCGGCAUGCGGAACCAAUGCCAUCUGCGACUCCAGCAGCUCACCGAUGUGCCAGUGUCUUGGUGGAUUUAAUCCCAAGAAUCUGGUGAGUUGGAGCAGGAGAAAUAGGUCUGAUGGGUGCGUUAGGGGGGCAGCGCUUGGCUGCAGCGAGAACGAAUCCGACGAGUUCUUGGUGGUGCGCGGCACGACGCUGCUGGAUACGACGGAGGCGGUGGCGAAUAUGAGCUUGGGCUUGGAUGAGUGUAAAAGAAGGUGUUUGAUGAAUUUCUCCUGUAGGGCUUAUGCGAGCGUUUAUCUGAGUGGCGGGGGUGGAUUUGGAUGA